CACACACACACCGAGGCUGCAGCCCGGCGAAGGGGGAGCAGGUGGAGAGUUGAGCGACUGCAGUGAAGCUGCCCUGGAGACAUGGCGGACCGGUGCCUCUGAAUAAGCAAAAAGGAGAGGGGGAGACAAGGGCCCUCUUCCUCCUCCUCCGCCGACACCAGCGAUGCCGGGUUGAGCCAGCAAGAAGCCGACCCAGCCGAAGUAGAGAAAUGGUGCAGCAGCCUGGGAGGGCUUUUUUCGACUCCCUCCCCAUCUCUCCUCUUCUUCAGGGUGUAUCGCCGUCUCUCCUCUCGCCUUGAGCCCGGGGGAAGCUUGGCCGGAGCAUCCCAGGGAAAACUGCCACCCGCCCGUGCCUGCAUCCCUCCGUCCCUCCCUCCCUUCCCUCCCCCCCGGCCAUCUCUCCCUUCUUCUUCCUCUGCCGCUCCCCCCUCCUUCCUCCCCCCAAGGCUAUGGCUGCAGAAGAGGUCUUGGAGACGGUGGACCACUAUAAGACCGAGAUCGAGAGGCUGACCAAAGAGCUCACGGAAACGACCCAUGAAAAGAUCCAGGCGGCAGAAUAUGGGCUGGUGGUCUUGGAAGAGAAACUCACCUUGAAGCAGCAGUACGACGAGCUAGAGGCGGAAUAUGAGGUCCUGAAGCAGGAACUGGAGCAGCUGAGAGAGGCAUUUGGGCAGUCCUUCUCAGUUCACCGCAAAGUCGCUGAAGAUGGUGAGACACGGGAGGAGACGCUCCUCCAGGAGUCAGCAUCAAAGGAAGCCUAUUAUCUGGGGAAGAUUUUGGAAAUGCAGAAUGAGCUGAAACAAAGUAGGGCUGUUGUUAUCAAUGUUCAGGCAGAGAACGAACGACUGACUGCUAUUGUGCAGGACCUGAAGGAGAAUAAUGAAAUGGUGGAGCUGCAGAGAAUUCGGAUGAAAGAUGAAAUACGAGAAUACAAGUUCAGAGAGGCAAGGCUCCUUCAGGACUAUACAGAACUUGAAGAAGAAAACAUUACUUUGCAAAAGUUGGUUUCCACGUUGAAACAGAACCAGGUUGAAUAUGAAGGCCUGAAACACGAAAUAAAACGGUUUGAAGAGGAGACUGUAUUGCUUAAUAGCCAGCUAGAAGAUGCCAUUCGGUUAAAGGAGAUUGCUGAACAUCAGCUAGAGGAAGCCCUGGAGACAUUAAAGAAUGAAAGGGAGCAAAAGAACAAUUUGAGGAAGGAGCUUUCCCAGUAUAUCAAUCUGAAUGAUAGUGUGUAUAAUAACCACAUUAAUAUCUCAGUAGAUGGACUGAAGUUUGGAGAGGAUGGGAAUGAACCUAACAAUGAUGACAAAAUGAAUGGACACAUUCAUGGACCCCAUGUGAAACUGAAUGGUGAUUUUCGGACUCCCACAGUUAGGAAAGGAGAAUCUCUGCACCCAGUCUCGGAUCUCUUCAGUGAACUCAAUAUCUCUGAAAUGCAGAAAUUGAAACAGCAACUCAUGCAGGUGGAACGUGAAAAAGCUAUUCUCCUGGCUAAUCUUCAGGAAUCCCAAACCCAGCUGGAACACACAAAAGGGGCACUAACUGAGCAACAUGAACGGGUCCACAGGCUCACUGAACAUGUCAAUGCUAUGCGGGGUUUGCAGAGCAAUAAAGAGCUCAAGGAGGUAGACUUUGAGAAAGGCCGAGACUCUGGGGAAGAAACACAUGAUUACGAAGUGGACAUCAAUGGCUUAGAGAUUCUAGAGUGCAAGUACAAAGUAGCUGUUACAGAGGUGAUUGACCUGAAAGCUGAAAUAAAGGCCUUAAAAGAGAAAUACAACAAAUGUGUUGAAAACUACACUGAAGAAAAGGCAAAAUAUGAGGGCAGGAUCCAGAUAUAUGAUGAACAAGUGACAAACUUGGAAAAGUCAACCAAGGAAAGCUACGAGAAAAUGAUGCUAAUGGAAAAGGAGUUGCAAAGGAUUACAGGUGUUGCGAAUGAGAACCACAAUACUCUCAACACAGCCCAGGAUGAACUGGUGACUUUUAGUGAGGAGCUUGCUCAGCUCUAUCACCACGUAUGUCUGUGUAACAAUGAAACACCUAAUAGAGUUAUGCUGGAUUAUUACAGGCAAAGUAGAGUUACCAGGAGUGGGAGUCUAAAGGGACCUGAUGAUCCAAGAGGACUUCUGUCUCCCCGGCUUGCCAGAAGAGGGAUGGCAUCCCCAGCAGAAGCCAGGACUCCAACUGAACAGAUAACGAAAGAGAGCAUAGAAGCCAACAAAGAGCAAAGUCCAACAAAAACACCCACUAUUUCUCCUGUCAUCACAGCCCCUCCUUCCUCCCCAGUUUCUGACACCAGUGACAUCCGUAAAGAGCCAAUGAAUAUUUAUAACCUGAAUGCCAUAAUAAGGGACCAAAUCAAGCACUUGCAGAAGGCUGUAGACCGGUCACUGCAGUUAUCCCGGCAGCGUGCAGCAGCCCGUGAACUGGCACCCAUGAUCGAUAAGGACAAGGAGGCCUUAAUGGAAGAAAUAUUGAAACUAAAGUCCCUGUUGAGUACAAAACGAGAGCAGAUAGCAACUCUCAGGGCAGUGUUGAAAGCCAAUAAACAGACAGCUGAAGUGGCCCUGGCUAAUCUGAAGAAUAAAUACGAGAAUGAGAAAGCCAUGGUGACAGAAACCAUGACAAAACUGCGCAAUGAGUUAAAAGCUUUGAAAGAAGAUGCAGCAACCUUCUCAUCCUUGAGAGCCAUGUUUGCAACCAGGUGUGAUGAAUAUGUCACACAGCUGGAUGAGAUGCAGAGGCAAUUGGCUGCUGCAGAGGAUGAGAAGAAGACCCUGAACUCUUUGCUGCGGAUGGCUAUCCAGCAAAAACUCGCCCUCACUCAACGUCUGGAAGAUUUAGAGUAUGAUCAUGAGCAGUCACAGCGGAGCAAAGGCAGACUGGGAAAGAGCAAGAUCGGCAGCCCUAAAGUAAGUGAGGAGGCAUCAGCCACCGUGCCAACCAUAGACACUUUCCUCCUGCAUAGUCAGGGCCCACAGCCACCAAACAUACUGAUCAGCAGUGGCACUCAGAGGAAAAGACUAUUCUCACCUUCCCCUUGUGAUCAGAGCCAUCUCAGGACUUCAGGGACCUACCUACUGCCUUUAUUAAGAACCCCCCCUGAUCACACCUCCACAGAAUCAUUUCUUCUGAGGGGCCCCCCUUCCAUGAAUGAAUUCUACCAUGGGCACCGUCUCAGCAAGGAAAAAAGGUUAACCGUGGCCAUCCCAGUUUCUUGUAGAUUGUCAGCAGCCUGCUGCCUCCAUACCGCCACACGGCUCACAACUAGCCAGGAGGCGAGACUGCCCGACUGUCAGGUAAUACUCUGCUAACUCUUGCUUCUUCUUCUCUUGCACUUCAAUGCAUGCUGUAGUCAAUCUACCACAGGGCAAUAGCUGCAACUUUUGCUUAUCUAGGCGAAUCUCACUCCCCCCCACCAUUUUCUUCUGCCUCCCACUGUCUAUAUAGCCUGUGCUUUAAGAAAGAAAAAUAUAAAGGUUUAAAUGCUUGAAAUUAGGGUGAUUACUGCAGCGAUGUGGAAGGGCACGGAAGGUUCCUUGCCUUGCCCAUAUAGAUGCAGCCACGUGGAAGGAGUGCUCAAGCUCAUGACAUGAAUACCAACAACUAGGCUGUAUACUAUCACCAUUGUAGUUCUGCAGCAGUGCAGGCAGCAUAAGACUGUCAGGAUUUAUAGGCAACAAAUCCUCUCCAGGGAUGGACCUAGCAAAUCUCUUAGGGCAAGAAGACAAUGGGGCAAAAAGGAAGGGGCUAACAAGCAGGCACAGCCUGGUGAGCAGGCAGGAAAAGCAGGCAAGGUCGAACCAAGAUGGGCCUGUCAGAGACUCCAGGAGAAGAGGAUCGGGGAACCCAUAUCUGGUGCACACGCUGGGCUUGAGUGAAUGCCGUGUUCCGUUGCCUGACCUUUUGCGGAGCAGCUCUGACUUAUUCUCCUUCUUCAGGGAUUACUGUCCAAGAACCUAUCGCUCCCGACACAUCACAGCUGUAUAGUUCUGUU